ACGCCCCGACCCGAACGCCGCCGAAGUCUCCUCAUCUAUGGAGCCGACCGUUCAGGCACAACAUUUACCACCAAAAUGUUUGCCGAAGAUCCACAACUUAUGACUGUUUAUGAACCGUUAUGGAUAACAACCAAAUGGAACAAAGAAGACUCUAGUCAAAUACCCAAUUGGACCAAAAACGUUCUUGAUCUUCUUAGAGGAAUUUUAAGUUGUAAGUUCGCCGAGACUGCUGCUGGUGUUAAAUUCCUCGCGCAUACCUCACGGCAAUGGAAUGGAGCAUAUGUCAAAAACCCUUUUCAGUCUCAAAACUUUUGCCCCAACUGGGAAUGUAAAGAUCUUUCCAGUACUCCCACAUACGCCGACACAGUAUGCCUAACAAAAUACAAACACAGUGUAACGAAAAUAGGGGAGCCCAGGACACCCAACAGUUUAAUUUCAUCUUUUCUUCCAAAGGUGUUCUUAGAGAAUCCAGACACUGACAUCCGGGUUAUCCAGCUUAUCCGAGAUCCCAGAGCGAGUUUAAGAUCCCGGAUUAGGUUAGGAUGGAUGGUAGACUGGACGCAUUGGAAUUUUCGGAAGUUAGUCAGAAAAGUUUGUUCAAACUUGGUCGCAAACAUCAAGUUUGGCCGAAAUCUGGGCAAAUGGCAAGACAGGUAUUUAGAAGUACACUACCACGAUCUAGCCGGAAAACCGCUGGAAACGACAAGAGCUAUGUAUGAUUUUGCAGGAUUUGAAAUGUCCGAUAGCAUUGCCGACUGGGUGGUUCGCAAUACUUCGCCGAGUAAAGAAGAACUGAUGAAGGAAAGCAAAAACAAAUUCUCACCAACUCGAAAUUCAACGGCUAAUAUUGAUAAGUGGAAGCAAGAUUCUCCAGUCGAAAGAAUUCGAAUAAUUGAGGAAUAUUGUCAAGAAGCACUUGAUCUUCUAGGACUGAAAAAAAUGCCAUAGAACAAACAACAACUUCAACUGCACGGAUUUGAAAAUGAGAUAGAUUUUCGUGGGAAAAAAUAUACUGCCAAUAAAUGAAGAUAAACAAGUAAAUGAAGUUAAAGGAAAGGAAAAACAAAUUAUGAACAAAACUGAAUCAAUUAUCAGUCGUACCCUUUCCCCUCCCCCUCCCCCUAAUUAUAAUGGGAUAUUUAGCAAACAGAGAUGGAGAAUUGACAAACUUCUCAGCUUCAAGGUGUAACCUUAAUGUAAAUUGCAAUUCUCUUUACUUAGUUACAAGGGAAUAUGUAAUAAAGUCACUUCCCUGAUGAUUACCUAAAAUAAUCUUAAUCAUUCAUUUCAUGCGUUUAGGUCCUAGAGAGAAAAAAUAAAAGGUUUCUUGUAAUGAACUUAGAAGAUUAUCUCUUACAUACAAACAAUUAUAUUUGAAACAAUGAUCAGAAAAAUUCGACAAUCUGGAAUCUGAAGAGCGACAUCCAGGCAUAUUAUUUCAACAGCGAUAAUUGGAUGAAAAUACGCAAAGCACAUAGUUUGUAUUAAGUGAUUUCUAUAAGUGAAUUCUAACCUUGGCUCGUUAGAUAUUUGGAAUUCUAGUCAUUUUAGAAAUAAACGAAGUCAGAACGUCAGAUCAAAGAACCUGAGGGGAUCACAUGGUUUUCAGAGGGAACCUGGGGGGAGAUCAGUCGCCGCCAACAGAGUUUAAAGAGAGGACUAUGGAAAAUUGACUGCCUAUAGGGGGAAUUAUAAGAAUAAUACAAAGCCGUAUGGAGAGGGGGUCAGGUAAAUUUAGCGUGGCGCGCGGACUCAGAGAUGUUUUCAAUUUUGUAAGCGCGCGUACAAUUAUAGCGUGUGCGAGUUUAGUGUUUUCAGAGCCGCACUUUUUGAGGACUUUUUACGAAGUUUUAUCAUUUGUCGUGUUACUGUGUUCAGGUUGUUUUGGCCGAUUAAACGUGGAUUUGUUUUCUGAAGGGUUUUCCGUAAUUUUGCCUGGGGACAACGACCAAAAUUCUCCUGCGACUCCCUAAUUCCUAAGAUCUGAUUGUUAAUUCUCCCUUCUGGCUGCUACACAUAUCCUUGUAAAUUAGUAACGAGAAUUUAGUGUCAGAUCAAGAUAACAAUUUCCACCUGAUUAGUUUGAGUAUUCUCGUUUCCUGUUUGCUGGAUAAUUUAUGGAUAUUGUUGGGAGAAGUUACAUGUAAAUCACUUCUGGGAGUUAAAAGGUUAAGAAAUAAAAGGCCUCAGUGUUUUAUCAGGGUCACAGCCUUUACCAGAAAUAGCUGUACUCGAUUAAAUAGAACUGCUGCGACAUAGUGCUAGUUUUACUUCAUAAUCUUAAACGUGAAAAUGUUCAGGUCAAAAUAUUCAUCUUCGAAGAAGACACAACGAAAAUUGGUCGCGAUUUCUCUGAAACAAGUUUCGAAGAAACACCGGGGAAGUGUAGUCGAGAAAAUCGGUACUUUUGUCAAGAAAACUCGUGUCACUUUUCAACCAAUCAGGUGCAAAGCGAAACUCAUCAUCAAUACGUUACGCUCUCACGCGUUCAAAGCUUUGAAACUCUUUAUGGUGGCCAAUUCACAUUAUCAACUCAGUUGAUAAAAGCAAAAUUAUCUUUUUACACUCCCCCACCGAUGCAGCACCGCAGUUUCUACAGAAACUUACCCGCCUCUAUAUAUUUCCCAGAUUUGCAAUGACCUUGCUUCAAAACAAUGGUAGGUGAGAGUAUUUAUAAGCGAGAAUGACUAUCAAUUCUCAAGCAAAUGAAACUCACUAGCCAAACAAAGGUUACAAAUAUUAAGGAGUAUUGAACGACCUACGAGUACGUAACCAAUCACAACGAAGUAUUUUUUUCAGAUGUAGACAGAUUAGGAAAUAAUAUUUUCCAGUAAGUUGUAGUUCCUUAGCACCGACUCCACAGUGUGUCGAUGAAAAAUAGUUAGAAACGUGGCGAGAUAUUCUGUAAAAAGUGUAGGCACUUUAUACAAGGGUAAGUAUUUCAUCAGAAGACUAGUUUAGUUCAAGUGAAGUAACCGUGUUUUUGCAAAAGAUAUCUUGCAUGCAGGCCUUGAUUUUUACACCAAUUUGACAGUUAACCCAGUGGAGCGAACCAACUUCCCAUAUGUAAAUGCAGUGAAGAAUAUUCGAAAAGCGGAAAAGCAUUCAGCAAUAAUUUGAUGGCGAGUUUGAUAAAAUUAGUCCUCAGCAAAAUUAUUCGUUGACUGUCUUAGAGUACGAUGAAACUUAUUAUUAUUUUUUUAUUAUUUUUUCUCAAUUUCUACUCACAGUUCCGGGGUUCUUUCAGUGAUCCACCGACCGGCGGAGAAAUGAAUGUCAAGAGAAACACCCCCUUUCGAAUAUGUAAGAAAUUUUGUUUCCCAUGCGCAGUUCUUCUGCUGUUCUCUUCCGCUGUUGUACUACAUAACUCCCAUUAUGGCCAAUCUCUUUUCAACUAUAGUAAAGAGUUGAUAAAGCCAAACAGGAGCUUGACUCAGAAUAAAACGGCACUCGUUACUCUUUUAACAAAUCCAAACAAACCAAAUUCACCCGAAGUAGUCCGAGCAUGGGCCGAUGUCAAUUCAGCAUCAUCUGAAGUUCAAAAAAGUUCACGACCGAAGAUUUCCACAGGUUCAAAGCCAGCUUUGGAAGCUCAGCCGAUCCACCGCGUUCAACCAGCGCCGUCCGAAAUCAAAACAGGAUUAAACCAAAAGCCUCAGUCGGAAGCCCGAUCUACAAGCGACGUCCACUCUGUGUCAUCCGGAGUUAGGCCGAAGAAAGACCAAGAGGACCGAUCUCCUUCCGAGGUUCAUACAGUGUUACACUCAGUUCAGACAACUUCCAACUUUCGUUCAACAAAUCGAAAUUCCUCUGAGUUACAACGGACUUUUCCGACCUCCACAAAGUCCCAUGAUGUGGUAUCGACGCCCCGACCCGAACGCCGCCGAAGUCUCCUAAUCUAUGGAGCCGGCCGUUCAGGCACAACAUUCACCACCAAAAUGUUUGCCGAAGAUCCACAACUUAUGACUGUUUAUGAACCGUUAUGGAUAAUAACCAAAUGGAACAAAGAAGACUCUAGUCAAAUACCCAAUUGGACCAAAAACGUUCUUGAUCUUCUUAGAGGAAUUUUAAGUUGUAAGUUCGCCGAGACUGCUGCUGGUGUUAAAUUCCUCUCGCACACCUCACGGAAAUGGAAUGGAGCAAAUGUCAAAAACCCUUUUCAGUCUCAAAACUUUUGCCCCAACUGGGAAUGUAAAGAUCUUUCCAGAUCUCCCAAAUACGCCGACACAGUAUGCCUAACAAAAUACAAACACAGUGUAACGAAAAUAGGGGAAACCAGGAUACCCAACAGUUUAAUUUCAUCUUUUCUUCCAAAGGUAUUCUUAGAGAAUCCAGACACCGACAUCCGGGUUAUCCAGCUUAUUCGAGAUCCCAGAGCCAGUUUUAGAUCCCGGAUUAAGUUAAGAUGGAUGGUAGACUGGACGCAUCGGAAUUUUCGAAAGUUAGUCAGAAAAGUUUGUUCAAACUUGGUCGCAAACAUCAAGUUUGGCCGAAAUCUGGGCAAAUGGCAAGACAAGUAUUUAGAAGUACACUACCACGAUCUAGCCGGAAAACCGCUGGAAACGACAAGAGCUAUGUAUAAUUUUGCAGGAUUUGAAAUGCCCGAUAGCAUUGCCGAUUGGGUGGUUCGCAAUACUUCACCGAGUAAAGAAGAACUGAUGAAGGAAAGUAAAAACAUAUUCUCACCAACUCGAAAUUCAACGGCUAAUAUUGAUAAGUGGAAGCGAGAUUCUCCAGUCGAAAGAAUUCGAAUAAUUGAGGAAUAUUGUCAAGAAGCACUUGAUCUUCUAGGACUGAAAAAAAUGCCAUAG